AUGGUGCUGCUGCUGGUGAUCCUCAUCCCGGUGCUGGUGAGCUCGGCCGGCACGUCGGCGCACUACGAGAUGCUGGGCACCUGCCGCAUGGUCUGCGACCCCUACGGGGGCACCAAGGCGCCCAGCACGGCCGCCACGCCCGACCGCGGCCUCAUGCAGUCCCUGCCCACCUUCAUCCAGGGUCCCAAAGGCGAGGCCGGCAGGCCGGGGAAGGCGGGCCCGCGGGGGCCCCCUGGUGAGCCCGGGCCGCCGGGCCCCGUGGGCCCCCCGGGCGAGAAGGGCGAGCCCGGCCGCCAAGGCCUGCCGGGCCCGCCGGGGGCGCCGGGCCUGAACGCGGCCGGGGCCAUCAGCGCCGCCACCUACAGCACGGUGCCCAAGAUCGCCUUCUACGCUGGCCUCAAGCGGCAGCACGAAGGCUACGAGGUGCUCAAGUUCGACGACGUGGUCACCAACCUCGGGAACCACUACGAUCCCACCACGGGCAAGUUCACCUGCUCCAUCCCGGGUAUCUACUUCUUCACCUACCACGUCCUGAUGCGAGGAGGGGAUGGCACCAGCAUGUGGGCUGAUCUCUGCAAAAACAACCAGGUGCGCGCCAGCGCGAUCGCCCAAGACGCGGAUCAGAAUUACGACUAUGCGAGUAACAGCGUGGUUCUUCACCUGGAGCCAGGGGACGAAGUCUACAUCAAGUUAGAUGGCGGGAAAGCCCACGGAGGCAACAACAACAAAUACAGCACAUUUUCUGGAUUUAUUAUUUAUGCUGACUGA